AUGGCAAGCUACAGUGACUCUGUCAUGGCAGAGAUGAACUACAGAGACCGCUACACUUCGUCCUCCUACCGAAAGAUUUUUGGGGAUACCUCCAGGUUCCCCGCUUCUUCUUCCUCCCGUAUGAGUAGCUCCAUCUCUAGGGUCUCCCCAGGGGUCAGGUCCAUGGCAGUAUCCCGAAACAGCACCUCUGCCGUGGGGCUGUACCGACGGCUGGGCCAACCUCCGGGCUCCUUCUCUCUUAUGGCCACAGACUCCCUCGAUUUGACGCAGACUUCGGUGGUCAACAACGAACUGAAAGUCAUUAGAACCAACGAGAAAGAGCAGCUUCAGGGUCUGAAUGAUCGCUUCGCCAUGUUCAUUGAUAAAGUCAGACACCUGGAGCAGCAGAAUAAAGUACUGGAGGCCGAGCUGGUGGCGUUGCGGCAGAGGCAGAGCGAACCAUCGCGGACUGCUCAUCUCUACCAGGAAGAGAUAAGGGACAUGCGCUCCCAGUUGGAGGAACUGAAUAGGGACAAGAACCGCAUCCUGAUUGAGAGGAAUAACAUGGAAGAUGAGCUGCAGAAACUCACUGCAAAAUAUGAGGAGGAGCUGAGCGUGCGUGAAGAGACUGAGCAAACCUUGAGGUCCUUCAGGAAGGAUGUGGACGACGCAGCGGCCGUUCGUCUGGAUCUGGAGCGUCGAGUGGAAUCGCUAAUGGAUGAAAUCUCCUUCCUGAACAAAGUCCACGAUGAGGAAAUCCAGGAGCUGAGCGGCAUGAUGGAGGCGCAGCAGGUCUCCGUGGAAAUGGAACUCGCCAAACCGGACCUCACCUCAGCUCUGAAAGAGAUCCGCAACCAGUACGAGUCCAUUGCUUCCAAAAACCUGAAGUCCGCAGAGGAGUGGUACAAGGGCAAGUUCGCCAGCCUUAGCGAACAAGCCACUAGAAGCAACGAGGCCAUGCGAGCCAGCAGGGAGGAGAUGAACGAGUUCAGGAGGCAGUUGCAGGCCAAGACCCUGGAGAUCGAGACACUGAGGGGUGCCAAUGAGUCUCUAGAGAGGCAGAUCACAGAGAUGGAGGAUGCUCACAAUGGAGAAGUCACAGUAUUUCAGGACACUAUUGGCCAACUGGAUACUGAAUUGAGGAACCUGAAGGGAGAGAUGGCCCAGCACCUGAGAGAAUAUCAGGACCUGCUUAAUGUCAAGAUGGCUCUGGACAUUGAAAUAGCUGCUUACAGGAAGCUGCUGGAAGGCGAGGAAACUCACUUCAACUCCGGGAUGUCAUUCGGAGCAGCUAGUUACAGCUACCAGGCCCGGGCUUCGGCCGGCUCCUCCAGGAGCAACCAGCGAGACAAAGACGGAGCCAAGAAGGAAAGCCUCAAGGAGGAGGAGAAGGACGAAGCGGACAUCAAUUCAAACAACUGA